CCUCUCAGGCCGGUUUACACUUUUCAUGAGGGAUUGAGUUGAGGCUCAUGAGCGUUUACCUUUUUCUUUGUGCUUUCUCUUCCUCUUCUCUUUGUUGGACUCUUUAAGUUUUAACCCCUCUGAAACAUUUCCGUUGAAUUUCUGUCAUUUUCCGGAUUCCUUGAUACAAGUGUUGGGUUCCUACCCAACUCAGAAGAGUUCUUCAAGUUUGGUUUCGCCAUUACUAGUGAGAACUGCCUGUUUAAUUAACCCCUUCGGAUCUCACCUCCAAUGGCGGACCUUCGUGGGUUAUUGCUUAUGUGUGUGGUUUUCACCUUUCUCUCAUUCAAUCCGGGCAAUGUGGAAGGAAGAAAGCAUAUUCACAAGAAACAGAAGAGUAGGAGCUCUAAUGCAGAAAGUCCUAUUUCGCUCUCCCCUGCCUAUCCUCCUGCUACUCCUCCCAAUUCCAAUGAUCCCACUCCCACUGAUCCUACUCCCACGGAUCCAGGGAAUUCAACCUCGGAGCCCUGUGUUUUUGAUGUAACAUCCUUUGGGGCAGUUGGAGAUGGUUCCACCGACGAUACUGCUGCUUUCAUGGCAGCCUGGAAAGCGGCUUGUGCGGUUGAAUCAGGCGUUCUUCUUGCACCAUCUGAUCAUGUUUUCUUGAUUACUUCAACAAUCUUAUCAGGCCCAUGUAAGCCGGGCUUCGUGUUUCAGGUGGAUGGAGUACUGAUGCCGCCGGACGGACCGGAUAACUGGCCGAAAUCCGAUAGUGAUAAGCAAUGGCUUGUGUUUUACCGAGUGGAUGGGAUGACUUUUACAGGGCGUGGUACCAUUGAAGGGAAUGGACAGAAAUGGUGGGAGCUUCCCUGCAAGCCUCACAGGGGCCCUCAUGGAACGUCAUUGCCUGGACCAUGUAACAGUCCUGCUUUAAUUCGGUUCUUCAUGAGUUCCAAUCUGGUGGUCAGUGGUUUACGAAUCCAAAACAGUCCCCAAUUCCACAUGAAAUUCGAUGGCUGCGAGGGCGUCCUGAUAGAAAAGCUCUCCAUAUCCUCCCCUGCUCUCAGUCCUAACACAGACGGAAUUCACAUUGAGAACACGAAAUCCGUUGGAAUAUACAAUUCCAUCAUAGCAAACGGUGACGAUUGCAUCUCCAUUGGACCAGGUUGUUCAGAUGUCGACAUAGAGAACGUCACUUGUGGGCCUAGUCAUGGGAUUAGCAUUGGGAGCCUUGGAGUGCAUAACUCACAAGCAUGUGUGUCAAACAUAACAGUCCGCAACGCCUUCAUAAGGAACUCAGACAAUGGGGUCCGAAUAAAGACAUGGCAAGGGGGAAUGGGGUCUGUGUCUGGGAUCAGUUUCGACAGCAUUCAGAUGGAGAACGUCAGGAACUGUAUCAUCAUAGACCAGUACUACUGCUUGGCCAAAGCUUGCCUAAACCAGACUUCGGCCGUGUUCGUGACCGAUGUGUCCUACAAGAACAUAAAGGGUACUUACGAUGUGCGUAGCCCACCUAUACACUUCGCAUGCAGCGACGCGGUAGCAUGCACUAACAUCACCCUCUCUGAGGUAGAGCUUCUGCCUGCGGCAGGCGAGCUGGUGGAUGAUCCCUUCUGUUGGAAUGCUUAUGGGACUCAAGAAACCCUUACCAUCCCUCCCAUUAGUUGCUUGCUGGACGGAGAACCUCAGUCCAUCUCGGAAACCGCAAAUUUUGGUUGUUAGCUAGGGAGUGUUUGAUGUUUGCAACUUUGAACAUUGAUAAUCGAUGGGAGAAUACUGUACAGAGACUACAAGAGCCCCAUACUUUUAGUGGGCAUUAAUUGUGUCACUCACAGUCUUGGCCUAGGCUCCAUCCCUUUUGGGGUUUGUUUCCCUUAUAGAGUGAUGUGAUGUAGCAGAAAUGGGCUUAUUUUUAGUACCUCAUUUUGUAUUAAAUUAUCUGCCAGAAUCCAGAUUGAUAUAGUUAUAGAAGCAGAGCAUUUGAAUCUGAUAUAUAAUAAUGAUUCUGGUUUUCAGUAUAGUUUCUUUCUGGAUUGCAUGGAGAUGCUGAUGUCCAAGUUAGACAAGUGGAGAGGGGAGACCUUGCUUGAAUGGUUCCAGGGAAGGGAUGCAGGGAACGGGCAAUCUAAGUGGGCACCAGAGCUCUGAAUACUGAGGUCAAGAAAGACAAGAGUUGUGCUACAGGUUAGCAGCGCAAUAAAAGAUUGUAUUGUCUGAGACUGAGAGUCAUCAGUUAUCGGUUCGAGGAAAAUGGGUGCAGCAGAGCACAUCUCCCACUGUCUAUGGGCGAAACCACCUUGAUAAGAUGGAUUGGAAUCAAUUCAGAGAGGGACAGGGACAGAGACAGGAUCAUACUCACGCAUUACUCAGGGUGGUUAUUCUUGGCUCUCCGCGAAGCUGGUGCCUGUAAGGUUUGGGUUGGGCUGCUCUGCUUAAUUCCAACCUGAUUUCUGUGUCAGGUUGUCCUGGGCUCUUUAUCUUCUUCCUAAUUUAGAUUAGAUAAGCUGGUUUUUGGUAACAAUUCAGAUUAUUAGAUAAAAUAAGC